CCUCCCCAACCCCCCAGUCUGGCCCCCACAUUUAGAACCUCUCCCCCCCCCGGUGCUCCCCCACCCUCCCGGGACAGACCCCGCCUUGGAUGCCGGGGGGUGUGGGGAGCGAUGGGGGAGCCCCCCCAGGGCCGCCCCCAGCCCGGCGGGGUCACGCUGCGGCCCAGGGAAGGGUCGCGACUGCACGGGGACGGGUGGCAAUGUCGCAUUGGCACGGGGACCCCGGCGGGUCGCACUGGCACGGGGACGGGUCGCACCUGCAGCGGGGCUGUGCUUGGCUGUGCCUGUGUUUGCACCAGCGCCGUGUUUGCCCAGGGACGGCUCACACCUGCACCGGGGCUGUCUUUGCACAGGAACGGGGCGCGUUUGCACCGGUGCCGUGUUUGCUCAGGGACGGUGACAUUUGCACGAGGGUCCCUUUUGCACCAGGGACACACUCGCGCGUCAUUGUGUUUGCACAGGGCCGGGUCACAUUUGCACCGGGGUGUGUUUGAUGGGGACAGUGCCAUUUGCAUGGGGACGGUGGCGUUUGCACGAGAAUGCUCACAUUGCCACAGAGAGAGCGACAUUUGCACGGGGCUGGUGACACUGGCGUGGGGCCGGUGACACUGGCACGGCAAUGAUCGUACUUGCACGGGGACAGACCCUGGGCACGGGGCUGGUGGCACCGGCUCGGGGUCAGUGACACUUUCAUGGGGAGGGUGGCACUGGCGCAGGGUCGGUGACACUGGCGCGGUCACGAUCACAUCUCACGGGGUCGGUGGCACUUGGGGUCGGUGACACUUGGGGUCGGUGACACUUGGGGUCGGUGACACUUUUGCGGGGUCCCGGCGCUGUCCGUGGUGCUGCCCCGCGCCGCCGCCUCCCGCCGGCAGAGGGCGCCCUUGGGGGCGGGGUUGGGUCUGGGGGGUCUCAGUGCCCCCAGGUUGGGUCUGGGGGGUCUCAGUGCCCCCAUGGGGUGACCCCGCUCCGCUGGCCCUGGCACCGGCAGGGUGACACCUGGCUCGCUGCCAUCAGCUGGCUCCAGGGCUGCUGGCCGGGCAUCCUGGAGAGGGGCUGUGGGGGAGCUCUCCUCUCCCCCAGGAAGCGCCAUGGGCCCCCCUGGACCCCCGCACACCACCUAGACUCGUCUCCAGCCAGCAGCACGUCCCAACCCCGAGAGCAGCAGGAUGGCCCAGCAGCGCCAUGCCAUCCCCCCGCCACUCAAGACGGAGGAGGACUACAUCCCCUACCCCAGCGUGCAUGAGGUGCUGGGCCGGGAGGGGCCGUUCCCCCUCAUCCUCCUGCCACAGUUCGGGGGUUACUGGAUUGAGGGCACCAACCACCAGCUGAGCGGGGCCCCUGAAUCGCCCCCCACUCCGGCACCCGGCACCCGGACAAAGCUGGAGGGCAACCACACGGCCAAGAUCUACCGCAAGCACUUCCUGGGCAAGGAGCACUUCAAUUACUACUCCCUGGACCCGGCGCUGGGACACCUCGUCUUCUCCCUCAAGUACGACGAGCAGGAGCACCUCCACCUGCUGCUGCGCACCCGUGCCCGCACCCUGCAUGAUGUGGUGCCCAUCUCCUGCCUGGCCGAGUUCCCCAACGUGGUGCAGAUGGCCAAGCUGGUGUGUGAGGACGUGAACGUGGAUCGCUUCUACCCUGUGCUCUAUCCCAAGGCAUCCCGCCUCAUCCUCGCCUUUGACGAGCACGUGCUCAGCAACCACUUCAAAUUUGGGGUCAUCUACCAAAAACUGGGGCAGACCUCCGAGGAGGAGCUUUUCGGCACCACGGAGGAGAGCCCGGCCUUCGCCGAAUUCCUCGAGGUCCUGGGUCAGCGGGUGCAGCUGCGGGACUUCAAGGGGUUCCGAGGGGGGCUGGAUGUGACCCACGGACAGACAGGCAGCGAGUCGGUCUAUUGCCACUUCCGUGACAAGGAGAUCAUGUUCCACGUCUCCACCAAACUGCCCUACACCGAGGGGGAUGCCCAGCAGCUGCAGCGGAAGCGUCACAUCGGCAACGACAUCGUGGCCAUCGUCUUCCAGGACGAGAACACACCGUUCGUCCCCGACAUGAUCGCCUCCAACUUCCUCCACGCCUUCGUGGUGGUGCAGCUGGAGCAGGGGGGCUCCCAGGGCCCCCUCUACAAGGUCUCUGUCACCGCCCGUGACGACGUGCCCUUCUUCGGCCCGCCGCUGCCCGACCCCGCCGUCUUCAGGAAGGGCCCCGAGUUCCAGGAGUUCCUGCUGACCAAGCUCAUCAACGCCGAGUACGCCUGUUACCGAGCAGAGAAGUUCGCCAAGCUGGAGGAGCGGACGCGGGCGGCGCUGCUGGAGACGCUGCACGAGGAGCUGCAGGCUCGCAGCCAGGCCAUGCUGGGGCUCGGCCCCGACGACGAGCGUCCCGACAACGGCGGGGCCGCCCCGGGCUUCUUCGAGUCCUUCAAGUCGCUGCUGGUGCCCGGGAGCCGCCGGGGACGCCGCGGCAGCGCCAUCGGGCUGGGCUCGGUGGAAGAGGUGGGUACCUCGCUGUCCCCGCUCGGUGUCCCCCCGGUUCCCGGUGUCCCCCCGGUUAACGGCGCCCCGCAGGCGCUGCUGGUGCCCGGCAAGAGCCCUUCGAGGCGGCGGCCCGGCCCCCUCGGCUCCCGCCGCUCCAGCGCCAUCGGCAUCGAGAGCAUCCAGGAGGCGCCGGCCGGCAGGGACGGCCCCGCAGCCGCCGACGGCUCCAGCUCCACACACAGCUCCCCCGAGAGCCGCCGGAACCCCGACAGGUCCCGCAGCUGCCACCAGGAUCGGGGACACGGGGAGAGAAGGGCACUGGGCUGGGGUGGCACUGGGGAGGGACUCCAUGGGGACUGGAAGGCACUGGGAUGCUGUGGCAGAGGGACAGGGUGACUCCAAGGCGAGGUGACACGGGGACAGGGUGACACCAGGGUGACAGGGGAGGGGAGGACACUGGGAUGGUGUAGCUCAAGGACAGGGUGACACCGCCUGGGGUGGCACAGGGAUGGGCACGGGCAGGGCGAUGUGAAGAUGACACAGGGACUGGAGGGAUGGGACAGCAAGGGAAUGCAGUGGGCCGGGGUGACCUCGGGGCGGGGUGGCACAGGGACACAUGGCACGGACACAGGUUGGUAUGAUGACAAGAGACGUGGGGACAGGAUUGCGUGGGGCUGGGACCUCCCAGGGAUGGCACGGGGUGGGGACAGGGCGCAGGGCGACAUGAGGAUGCAGUGUCCUGGUCGGGGUGGCGUGGGGACAGGGUGUCCCGGGGCCAGCAUAACAUCGCAGCGGGCCGCGGUGGUGGCCACGAGGCGAGGUGCCAGCCUGUUGUGGCCUUGGGGACCGUCCCUGGCCUUGGGGACUGUCCCUGGCAGGGCCGAGAAGCCAGAGGCGCCGGAUUUCUCCCGCUCCUCCUCCAGCGCCAGCAGCUUCGGCAGCGCCGCGGAGGAGCCGGGCGAGCCCG